AUGGCCUACACGACGUUGUGGAAGCGGCUCUCGCCACGGCAGCUGAAUGUUGCCAUCCAGACCUUCUCACUCAUUUGUAUCUUUUUCGAAGGCUAUGACCAGGGUGUCAUGGGCGGCGUCAACGCCUCGCCCGACUAUGUAACCACCGUGGGCAUCGGGAAGCCGGAUGGCACCGUGACCGACACCACGCACCAAGGCGGCAUCGUCAGUGUCUACUACUUCGGCGCUAUUUUCGGCUGCUUCGCUGGUGGCUGGCUGGCAGACCGAAUCGGUCGAAUCAACGGCCUUUUUAUCGGCGCGUUGUUUGCCUUGGUCGGUGGCGCCUUGCAGUCUGCGACUCAGAACUCGAAUUUCAUGAUAUGUGCUCGAGUGGUGACGGGUAUUGGCACUGGAGCUCUAACCGGUAUCACCCCUGUCUUGGUGUCGGAAACCUCUUCAGCAAACCAUCGCGGUGGGUUUCUCGGAUACGUCUUCAUUGCCAACUACCUAGGAAUAUCUGUCGCCUAUUGGAUCUCCUUUGGCCUCUCCUUCGUCAACAACGGAUACUCAGCUGUGCGAUGGAGAUUUCUCCUAGCCUUCCAGUGUUUCCCUGCCCUCAUCCUCGUCGGCUUUAUCAAGAUGCUGCCAGAUAGUCCUCGAUACCUUGCGUCCGUUGGUCGUAAAGAAGAGGCACGCGAACUCUUGGAGCGCAUUCGCAACCACAAGGCCACACCGGGUGAGAUUGAUCGGGAAUACUUGGAAAUUAUCACUUUGGCAAAGGAAGGCCAACGCAGUUCUCCCAUCCAGUUUGCAAAGAUAUUGCUUGGGAAGGGUUCAACGACCCACGCAAACCUGGGCCGACGAGCCUGGCUCUGUGUCUGGCUACAGAUCAUGGCUUCCUGGACUGGUAUCACUGCUGUCACCGCAUAUUCCCCGGUUCUUCUGCACCAAGCUGGAUACAGUACCAUCAAACAGAACGGCCUGGCCGGAGGCCUCAAUACAGUUGGAAUUGUCGGCACAAUUAUCAGUGCUCAUAUUGUUGACCGCCUAGGCCGCCGUCCCUGUCUGAUGGGUGGCGCGGCUGUUUUAUUUGCUGUCAAUGCCAUUGCUGGAGCUGUGUAUGAAGGCUCGUUGCAUAACCCGGAGAAGGCAGCCCAGUAUGCUCCUGGUGCUGUGACCAUGCUGUUCUUGUUUAACAUUGGUUAUGCUGCCACCUGGGGUACCGUCGCAUUCCUAGUUCCCACAGAGAUCUUCCCUAGCGAACUGCGAGCCCAAGGCAAUGGCUUUGGGAUUACUGGAUGGGCCAUUGGCGUGGGAAUGACUACUCUGGUCAACCCGAUCAUGUUUGAUACUAUGAAGAGCCGGACAUACUUUCUCUUUGCUGGUCUCAAUCUCAUUUGGAUCCCUAUUGUCUAUCUCGUCUACCCUGAGACUCGUAACCGCUCCUUGGAAUCGAUUGAAGCACUGUUCUCGACUUCAAGUCCCUUCUACUGGAAGAUGGAACAAGCAUAUAAACUACAUGGUGAUGUUCUGGCGGAACACGGAGUCACCAAGGGCGAGGCUCCUGAUGUUGGUAGAAACGAGCGGACUUCUGAGGAGAAGCCAGAGGUGGAGAGGAUUGUGUAA